AUGGCCGGCAAUCCCGCGGAAGAACUGGAACUGCUGGAGCGGGUGUUGCUUCGCUUAGGGCUGGCGGACACGGAUGAACAGUUGCAGAACACGAUCACCAAGUUUCUGACGCCGGUACUGAUCAAAAUCACGUCACCGAAUGAGAAUGUUCGGAAGAAGGUUAUGGAGAUUCUGACCCACAUCAACAAACGUCUGAAGUCGCGGAAUCAAAUUCAAAUCCCACUGGCACCGCUGUUGGCGCAAUAUCAGCAAGCCAACUCGUUGUUCCUUAUCAACUUUGCCAUCAUCUACAUUACGAUGGGCUUUCCGAGGUUAUCGGUUGAGGAGCAGACAGAAAUGGCACCGGUCUUGCUGAACUGUCUCGAAGGGAAACCAGAAACACAUCAAGACAAAAUCUUGAUGCUUGUGCUUCCCCUGUUGGGUGAAAUAAAAAUUCCAGACAAUCCCGAGAGCCGCGCCGAGCUGCUGGGGCUGUCGAGCAAACCGCACACCAAACAGCAGCUGCUGUCCAUUCUGAUGGACGUGCUGUUGCUGCCAUACGGUUUGCCGCUCCCGCUACCGGACGGCCUGGUUCCCGAGGGGAUGAGUGUGUACACGUUCAAGCGCGUCACAGUGAAACCACCGAAGGCGGAAGAACACGAGCAUCUCAAGAAGGGCAUUGUGCGCUUCCUGUGUGGGGGCAUCUUUCCCGAGACGGAAAUUCUCGCCCACCUCGUGGUGGCCUCGGCCGAUACACGGUUCUCCGUGGCGACGCCGGCCAUUGGAGAGCUCAACAAAAUCUGCAGUUCACUAGACUGGACCGAUCCGAAGCUGUGCGGUCCUCUGUACACGCUGUUUACGGGCAACGGUUCCAAGGUGCCGGACCGAAAGACGAGCGGCGUAAACGCUAGGGUCCGGCAGAAGCUGCUGAAGCAUUUGCUCAAGUGCCGUGGCAAAGGCAUCAUUACGGCGAAGGGCAUGCAGGUGAUUUUCGAGUCCCUUUUCGGGGAUAGCACUAAUGCCAAGUGCAAACUGUUGGCACUUCAAUUCGCUUACAAUCUGAUCAACAAUGGCCAACCGGAUUUGAUCAAUAAACUUUCGCCGGUGCUGCUGACGGGAAUUUCCAAGCUUAUCGGACCCUCGUCGGAAGAAACGCCCGACGUGAAGAUGGCAGCGUACAGUGCCAUCGCCCAGCUGGCCCUCGUCUGUCCCGCGACCUUCAAUCAAGACAUCCAGCUGGUGGGUGAGUAUUUCGCUCACCUCCAGCAAGUACCGGUGGACAUGCAGUCGUCUAUUCGCGAAGCGCUCGUCGCUCUGGCACAGGCCUUCGAUUGGCGCAAACAGCCGUCAUCGGAAGCGGGCAGUUCGCCAAUGGAAACCGACGAAGCGCCGGUCCGCAAACGCUUCACACCGAACGCCAACCAGAAGCUACUGCUGGCGCUGCUUGGCGAAAAGGCGGAAUCGAAGCUGAAUGUCGUCCAGAACGUUGCGUCAGUGUUUCUGACCACAUGCUUCCCGGAUUACUUUGUACCGGCACGCUACCUGCUGCUCAUAAUCUGUGGCGAAAGUGCUCAGCUGCGCGAAAUGAUGACCACCUAUCUGUACGGUGUUUCGAAGAAGGACCACAUCAACUACGGUGCAAUCGUAUCGGUGGGCGUUGACGAUCGUUUAGCGGAAAAGGCGAAGACGAAGGGCGAUGAAGACGGAGCGAAGAUGAAGAAAAACUUUCUUUCGAACCUCAACGAACCCAAGCGCAUCGUACUGCCGCACUUCCGGGACAUGAUGGAGUACGUGGCAUCGAAAACAGAACGUAAGGUGGCCACCAUCGUCGAUCGGCCGGGCUAUGGGAAGAUCAAGCUGCCGUAUCGAUUCGACACGUACAUCGAGGUACUGGACUAUCUGCGUAUCUGUCUGCUGUUUGACGCCGGCGUCAAUACGCAUCCGCGGGACGAUGAGCAACUGUUCAAGUUGAGUGCCUUCUUGCGCACGGCAGCCCAGGACGAUGGGCAGCGAAAGACGCUGGAGAAGUACAACGAUCUCGUCCGUCGGCUGGUGAUCGUUCGGAAGGGUUUCACCGAGUUGACCUGCCUGUACGAUCUGGUGAACGGUAUACCGGACGUGCUAGUCGGUGCGAACCGUGAUCUGCUGCCAACGCUUGAUGGCUCGCUAAAGGAAAUCUCCGAACCGACGCGCGCCCUCAUUGCCAAGGUCUACGGUGUACUGCUCGCGCACGUGAGCGAAGACGCCGAGUUCGAUCGUCAGAUUAAGGAGCUGCAAACGCUCGGUACCAAAUCGCUGGAAACACGCCACGGUUCCCUGCUGGCCGCCGCCAAUGCCGUGUACCGGAAGCUAAUUCUGCGGCGCAGUGCACAGUCACAAACCGAGGGACAGUGGGACACGUUGAGGGGACUCGUGGAACUGCUUGUCCAGCUGCUGACCGAUCAACAGUCGCUGCUGCAGUCGGCUGCCAUCCGAAGCUUGUGUUUAAUCGGAUCCCACGCGGUUUUGCCGCUUCCGGAUGAGCGAAGCGACGAGAAGCAACCAUCGAAGGCGUAUCUUUUCGAUACCCUCAUCGCACUGCUGCAGAGCGGCCACACAAAGGCCAAAAUUCGCGAGGACAGCGCCCACUGUCUGGGCUAUCUGGCGAUCGGUGAUCGCGACUAUUUUGCGCGCAAGGUUCUGGAACGCUGGUUGGGGCUGCUGAAGCUGACCAAAGAUCCGGCUUUAAACAUUGCCACCGGCCAAGCACUGGCCCUCACGCUGCAGGGUCUCCCGAACACCGGUGCCCCGGAAACCGUGGGCAACGUGGAUGACGAAACGCUUACCUGGUUCCUGAUCGAGCUGAUCAAACAGGUUAACGAACCGCACGCCUACCUUCGGCAGUCGUGUGCCAUUUGGCUGCUGGCGAUCGUGAAGCACUGCAAGCAACGGCGCCCGGUGUUGGAGCAGCGGAAAAUCUUGCAACUUGCCCUUACCGACCUUCUAUCCGAGGACAAUGAACUCGUCCAAGAUGUAGCGUCCCGUGCCCUUGGCAUUGUGUACGCGUUAUCCGGCAGCGUGCAUCAGAAGGAGAUGACCGAAUUGUUGAUGGAUCAGUUGAUUGGCGGCCGUCGUGACGUGCGUAAGGUGGCCGACGAUACGAAACUGUUUGAGGAAGAUUUUCUCGGUAAAACACCGACCGGAGCGAAAAUGUCCACCUAUAAGGAGCUGUGUAAUCUGGCGUCGGAUCUCAACAAACCUGACGUGCUCUACGAGUUCCUGCAGAUUGCCAACCACAAUGCAACGUGGAACAGUAGACUGGGUUCUGCGUUUGGUUUGCAGGCGGUUUCGAAAUCGGCCACACUGGAACCGUACCUUGGUAAGAUUGCGCCCCGCUUGUUUCGCUAUCGGUACGAUCCGACGCCCAAGAUCCAGAACUCGAUGAUGAGCAUCUGGGACUCGGUUGUGGUCGAUUCGAAGGCAACGAUCGAACAGUCCUACUGGGAGAUACUGGAAGACGUGACGACGAAUCUGACCUCGAACGAGUGGCGUAAGCGCAUGGCGUGCUGUCUAGCGGUUCGGGAUCUGAUCAAACGGCCCGCCGGUCUGAAGCUUCGGUCGGACGAACGGCGAGGAUUGUCCCAGAAGGAUGCCGAUGUGGCAGCGUUGGCUUCUGGGGAGGCGAAUGCUGACGCCACCGUAAAAGCGAUGGAUGUGGACGAGCCGGGUGAAGUACCGGAACCGGAAUUGCGCCUCCUUUGGAGUCAACUGUUCCGAGUGAUGGACGAUUGCCACGAAGACACGCGGCUGGCAGCGGAAGGUACGGCUAAAGCGUUGAGCAAAGUGUGCGUCGUCGCCACGUCCAGCGACCACGGCAAGUCCGGUUUGAAUGUGGCGGGCUCGAUCAUUCCGUUGUUCCUAGAAACGGGCGUUACGCACACCGUUCCUGAGAUACGACGGUUGACAAUUCAGACGCUUUCGCAGUUGAUCGACUCGGCCGGCCCAUUGAUUACGCCGCAUUUGACCAGUCUUGUGCCGUGCCUGCUGCAGGCGACCGGCGAUCUGGAUUCGACCAAGCUGGCCUACCUGUCGACCAUGGUGUCCGGUCAGUCGAGCAGCGGUACACAGGAAGCGAUCGAUUCGGUGCGUGCCGAAGCGGCCAAACAGCACUACACGAUGGAAACGUUGGCCAAGUGCAUCCGAUACAUCGAUUAUGCGACCCUCGAGCGCAUGACACCGGCCGUGCUCGAUGUGCUGAAAUCGAGCGUGAACCUCGGCUCGAAGGUGGCCUGUGCCCACUUUAUUUGUCUCGUGUGCAUCCAUCUCGGUGGCGAAAUGCAGCCACUUUCGAGCAAAUAUCUUGGUGCCUGCUUUGGUGGCCUAUCCGAUCGUAACGCGACCGUGCGCAAGUACUUUGCCUCCGCCAUCGGGCAUCUGGUCGGUUCGGCAAAGGAGCAGUCGAUCGUGCGUUUGUUCGGCAAGCUGGAGGAGUUGUACUUUGAGCAACAGGCAUCCCGCUCGAAGGCGGUUCCGCAUACGAUACAGGCGAUCAACAAACGGCACCAGGAGGUGCUAAAGGAUUACAGUGCCAACGUGUUGCCGCUGGUGUUUUUCGCCAUGCACGAGGAACUGACGGAGGACAGCAAGUCGACGGUGGAACUGUGGCAGGAGCUGUGGUACGAGAUCAACACCGGUGACGCCGGUUUACGGCUGAACCUGGACGCGAUCGUCACGAUACUGGAGACGAACCUAAACAAUCCAUCGUGGGUGCUGAAGGCUCAGGCCGGUGCCGCGACGGCUACACUGGCCACGAAGAUACGGGACAACUUGGACGACUCCGUCCGGCUGCGGUUGAUCGAUCUGAUACUCGCCAACGUGACCGGCCGCACGUUUCAGGGCAAAGAGCGACUACUGCAGGCGCUGGCCAGUUUAUGCAAGCGGCUCGAUCAGAACGCCACCCCGCACGCACAGCAGAUAGUGGACACGGUAAUGAAAGAGUGCCGCAAGGAAGAACCCGUCUAUCGUACCCAUGCCCUGCGAUCGCUGGGCAACAUACUGGACGAGCUGAAGGUGGACCGAUUCGAGGAGCUGUACAAUAUGGUGUGGCAUUUGCUUGACAAACCUAGCAUCGGCGACGGUGCGCUAUCGUCCGAAGAGCGCAACAAGCAGAUGCUAAUUUCCGUGCAGCUCAAAGAGACGGUCUGCGAGACGCUGGGUAAAGCUUGGCCAGAAAAUUCGAUCGAAACACAACGUCGCUAUCAGCAGAUGUUUGUGGAAAAAUGUGUCCAGUGUCUGAAGCUUAACACCCGUCCGGUUCAGCUCUGUUUGCUACAAGCUCUCGGGCGCUUCCUGGAGCGUUUACAUCUUUUGCGUAAAGCGAAAUCGUUGCCCUGCGACGAAGAUGCGGCAAUGGCAACUGACAACGGUGGUGCUGGACCGGCGACGACGCCACUGACAACGGAAGGAAACCGCGAGAAGAAACCUAAAGUGGAACUCUCGAUCGACGGCGGUGAUGAAUCGGGCAUUUUGGAAAGGAUUUGUCGGCUCGUUCUAUCGGCGAUUGUUGAAGUGGCCGCAAUCCCUCACACGGGCCUCAAAAAAGAAGCGCUCAACAUUCUGCUCAUACUGGGAAACAAACUGAAGGCGAAGGAAACGGGCACAGCGGACACGGAGCUGUCACUGGUGCGGCAAACCUUUGCCCAGGUUCUGCAGCAGCUGCAGAAAGACACGGCACCCGAGAUCAAGUGUCGGCUGAAGGAUUUGGAGGAGAAAUUGAAGUAGAUGGAUCCCGCCCGGGGGAGCAAACGGAUUACUUACAUUAUUCGUACAACAUACAACACAUUACUUUGUACGUGUUGAACGCGAUCAACAG